CGGCAGACGAAAUACCGCAAAGCAAAAUAAAUACCAUGAAAAUGUUGCCCCGUAUUAGUGAUGAAGACGAAUCUUAUGAGCUGUAUGAUGAAUUCGAUGAUGAUGAUGAGAAGGAUGAAGAAGAGGAAGAAGCAGAAAGAUUAAAGGAAAUAGAGAGCGAACUGUAUAGUUAUAUCCAUUAUGGUUCUCAAACUGACUUAGAAACAGAGACUGUUGAUCCAACAUUUUGGAGGUCUUUAGAAAAAGAUAAUUCAGCAGUAAAUAGACCACUAAUGAGGCUGAAGGUGAAGGAAGAUAAAAAGAGUGCUGAAGACCCUAUUUUGACAAAGACCUUCAAGUGCGGUAACUGUUCCCUUGUUGGUCAUCUUAGCAGAGAUUGUCGGCAAAUGAAACCACCUGUAUGUUAUCUCUGUGGAAUUUUAGGACACAAAAGCCAUGAGUGCCCAGAUAGUAUUUGCUUUAACUGUGAAUGCCCUGGACAUUUUACUCGUGAUUGCAAUGCAUGCAAACGCCCUUAUAAUGCACACUGUUCCCGAUGUGACAUGAAGGGCCAUAUGUAUCAUGAAUGCCCUGAUCUUUGGAGAAGAUACCAUGCGACCACCAGAGAAGGACCUAUUAUGAAGACGCCAUCUCGUUGUAACCCAAGGGUUUAUUGCUCCAAUUGUGGACUGGUUGGACAUUUCGCUUAUGAUUGUUAUAAUCUAGCCAUGUACAGGUUCAUCAAACCUAGUUAUCCUUUCAUCGUCAGCUAUAAAAAGAACUUUGUGAGUAGAAAAAAUUUUAAAAAAAAGGAGAAAAGAUAUAUGAAAUUUAUGUUCGAAAAUGAUGAAAUUCCAGUAAAGAAACCGAAGAUUAAAGACAAAGCCAAAAUAGUAAAAAAGAAAAUAUCCAAGAAAAAGAAGAAAAACAACCAAAUUGGAAAAAAAGUACAGAUUAGUAAUAUAGUGAAAAAGAGAUUAAAAACCAGAAAAAGGAAAAACAAACUCGGUUACAAGAAGUUCUUCCAGUUUUUUCUAACAAGUGUCAGCUUAAAUAUCUGUCGAGCUUUUAGUGUCAGCAACAUAACUCGAGUGUAAACAAUUGGACAUGGCAGAUGAACAAGGACAGAAAAUAAAAGACUGAGAUGUGUACAAUAACAGAAAAGAUUGAGAUGUGCAGACUGAAUGGUAAAUAAACUGAAAUUAUUGAAAACAA